AUGGAUAAACCCGAGCCCGCUUACACCGCGAUUCUUAAUCGAAACGCUUCACGAUCGAAGGACUUACGGAAUCUGCCCGUUACACUGCUAAAAGCUUUUAAGGCUGCACCUAAGCUUAAGGCCAAGCCUUCUAAGACUGCUAAAUCAUACGAAAAGCUUAGCAAAGUGAUCUCUUCUUUAAAGAUAGACUACGAAGCGACUCGUAUUGAGCUUUUAAAAAGGCGCGAUUUGCUAAAGAACCUAACUCUUGAUAAAACUAUUGCGUUCUUCGCUGCUCUUUCUACUUCUAAACGAUCUUUUUCCGAAGCUACGGUUAGCGUUGCGAAAGCUUCGAAAGAUUGCUUGAUCAUAAAUAGCAAGCCUAUACCGAAGGCGACGGAUGAUCUAUCCUUAAUCACUGAUGCGCGAGCUAUACUCGAUACAAAUGCGGAGAUCAGCGUUAUCAUUUACGACGCCGCGGUUAAAUUCGAAUUUAUCGAUGUUCUUGCUUUUACGGAAUGCGAUCCUUUAACAACUUGCCAAAUAGAUGCCAAUUCGACACUUUAUCGGACUCGAAAAGAAAUCUCUUCGGACUCGGCUAAGGUAUUCGGCAUGUACAAAACCAAAGAUAAAAAGAUCAGGCCAGUUGACGAAGCAGACGGCAUAAGAGCAGCAUUAAGUGGCAAGGUUGAUUGGUACGAGCUAUCGAAAGCUAAGGAUACGCUACAAGAGCAGGUAAGGGAAUACAAGCAAUACCUCUUCCCGCGCAUUGCCGACAUACCGAAAGGCUUUCGAAUCACACUCGAACGCAUAGCGAACUUGGAUGUCGGUAAUACACUACGGCUUAAAGAAAAGGAUUUGUUUAAAAAGAUAAUGCUAAGCAAAGAAAAAUCAAUCGCAUUCGCUUGGCAAGAGUACGGUAGGUUUUACGACGACGUAUCACUACCGAUUAAGCUUAAAACCAUUUUACAUACGGCUUAG